ACAAGAAGAAGAAGAAGAGCUAUGGAUCAUGGGAAUUGUAGUUCAAGUCAUGGCGUGUGUCUGCGCAUUCAGCAGAAGCUGUAGAGAUCGCUCCUUAAUUCAUAAACACUACCAUCCCAGCAUGCGCAACUGAUGGACACAUAUGGCGGAGAGCUAUGACUGAGGAUUUUGAUGAAGAAGUUGUUUUCGAGAACUCUCCGCUGUUCCAGUACUUGCAGGAUCUGGGACACACAGAUUUUGAGGCAUGUUCUCCCGCCUCUCAGGAGGAGGAGCCCAGCGCUGGUGGAGAGGAGGCGCAGUAUCCUCAGGAUAUCCUCUCUUCUCACAGAAAGGGUGGUGUAUGGAGGCUGGUUGAUGCUCUGCGCAGUCUGAAUCCUCUUCAUCAAGACAGCGCCACCCGCUGGCAGGAGCAGCAGCUGGACGCUGUUUUCCGGCGGUAUUCUCUGCGCUGUCUGUUAUCUCAGGAUGUGCUGUUACAAGAGGACGUUGAGCUGAUCGAGCUCUUAGAUCCAAGCGUGCUCUCUCUGGGCUCCAGUGAAAGCGUCUGUCCCAGUGCCAGCACUGCUGUACCAGCACCACGCUACCUCUCGCCCCCCUCUAGAUGGGACGUGUCCGUAUUGGUGGGGCUUCUAGCUGUCCUGCUCGGCGUGUGCUUGUCGUACCCUGACCACGAGCGGGCUCUGUGGCUGUGCGGUGUCCUGGUGUGUGUUACGUGUGUGUGUCGUGGUCUAUCUCUGUGGCGUAAGGCCGUUCUUCAGCGUCGCCUCCAGUCUUUGGCUCUCCAGCUGGAGGGUUUGGUGAACAACAGCCGAGCGAUGACUAGUCUGUCUCGCAAAUCACUGCGACUCAUACAGGAGACAGAAGUCAUCUCACGAGGAUUCACCCUGGUGAGUGGCGCCUGUCCCUUUAACAGGGCGGGGCAGCUUCGCAGCCAGCAGCUGAUUGGUCUACGGAAGGCGGCCUAUCAGAGUCUUCGCUGCGCGUUCCGUGCCUCCCGCCUCGCCACAUGCGUCAUGCUCAAGUCAUUUCCGCUGAACUCCGAGAUCGACAAUGUCACAAACUACGUGUCCACCGUGCCAAUCAGAGAGCUUGGGCUCGGUCUGGGGGUGGAGCAUCUCUCUGAUGAGCAGGCGCAAGAACUGACCAAUGAUUACAGUCUGCCUUCACUCAAGAUGUUGUUCCAGUUGUGGGUCGGGCAGAGCUCUGAGUUUUUCCGGCGGUUUGCUCUGCUGUUGUCUCCGGGGAGGGAGGAGCUAGACUCCAGGCCCAGCCCUGUCACGUACAGCAGCGUCCCGUUGAUUACUGACUCUCUCCAUCGCACCCUGGCCACUUGCCUUGGCGAUCUCCAGCGCAGCUAUGAUUUCCAUCGCUACUUUGAGACGCAGCGCCAUUCGCUGUCCGCAGAAAGAAAUGGACGCGCUCAGCAGAAGUGUAGAGAGCUCAAUUCCCUGCACACGUCUGUCCGCAGUUUACAACUUCACCUGAAAACACUCUUAAACGAGGUCAUAAUUCUUGAGGACGAUCUGGAGAAGUUAAUGGUGGCUCAGGAGACGGAGGAGACGACGUGUUCGGGAUAUCAGGAGCUGAAGGAGCGUCUGCAGUUGCUGCAGCCUCACAUGCAGGCCAGCACCUGCUGCUGGGACGACACGCUCGCGCAGGUCGACCGCAUGCUGCGCCGAGUCUCCAGCUGCCCAGAGAGUUCAGAUCAGCCAGAGGAAACCGCCCCAGAUCCCCCUCCUCCUGCCCCCAUUACAAGCAUACAGGACAGAGACCCCGUCCCAGAGGAACAGGAGCUGGAGGCGUACGUCUCGGACUCGGACUCAGAGACGGAGUGGAGGGGGGUCACAGACCUGCUGUCGCCAUGGGAACAGGAGCUCCAGCGGCGGGAACGUGAGGAGUCCAGACGUGUUUUACUGGAGCUGAAGUCUGUCCUGGGCAUCCGGACGUCAGAUGGAGAGAGAGACAAGCGCAAGCUUCUGCUGUUCAGUGAUCAGGCUGCCCUGGCUCAAUUUGCUGAGGACACAUCAAAAACGGACACAAACUCUUACGAACGGCAUCUUUCGGCAGAGUCCAUGACUACCACAGACAACCAUGUGUCCCAGCAAGGAGAGGAGCUGGCUGAGAUUCUGAGUGGGGCGGAAAGAGAGAAAGAGUUUUGCUGUGGAGGUUCUGAUGUAACUAAAGAUACCAGUGAGGAGACUGUGGAGGAAACACAGCUCUUCCAAUCAGACGGGCUUAUAGGUGACGGACACCAGGGGACACACCCAUUCCCGCCCAGAGUGCCCGCCCUCUCUGUGAUUGACAGACUGACAGAACUGCAUGGCUCAGAAGCGAUCAGUUUCAGCUCCGCCCUGGCCGCCCAGGUAGCAGCGCGCUCGCAUACGUUCACACAUAUACAGGAAUGCACCUACGGGGACUCCUCGGAGGAAGAGGAAGUGACAUCAUCACUGCAGACCAGGGAACCUGAGGAGGACUGAAACGGCAAGAUAUUUAUUCUCGUCCUCUUGGUUGUAUUUAUCAGGCUUGAUUUCAGGUCACAGACAUCAUUAGAUGUAGCUGGUGUGUGUGAAUGUGUGUUUUGGCUUUGCUCUUUUAAAGUGCGUAUAUUUGUGUUUGGGGAAUUGUUGUUUAAUGUGACAUCCCGCGUCCACCCUCCUCAUGACAGGCCUCAGGUACAGACUGGCACAUGCUAGUACACUAAAUAACAGACCAAAACCUAAACAUUCACACACGAACACAAACUGCAAAACUACAUGUCCCAGUAACAGAAGUCCUACACAGAACCAAAACAAACUCUUAAAUGCAUAAAAAGGGUAUGUCUCAUAAAGCCCAAGAAGAACAUGUCAGAGUCAUAUUUGACCUCAAUUCGAUGAAAUUAAAAGGAAAAUGAAGUCUAUUUUAGUACACUUAAGAUUGUGUGUAUUACAUUGCGUGCUGCUGAUUUCUGAGCAAAAUCAAAACGGUGCAAUAUUUUAACAUUUUUUAUUACUAUUAUCAUCUAUUAUAAUAUGAAACCAUUAUAACAUUAAACAUACCAAAAACAGGCUUCCUUUUCUCUACGAAGAUUUGUAUUUUGGGGUGAAAUAUGACCCACGCAUGCAAUUCAUCUCAUUAAUUACAAGAGAAGCGGCAGAGUUAAUACUUGUGUCCCACUGGAUCGCAGCUGGCAUGUCAUCCUAAAAAAAGACAGCAUCUGUCCUGCAGUGACGCUUCUGUUUCGUAUGUUUUUGUGAGGUCGAUCUUUAGGGAAAUAAAUAGCUGCCCUGAUUUCAUUUCUGAGCGUUUCUUUUCAGGCGCAGCUGUUUCACCGCCGUGCCGAGGUUACUGCUUGAAAGUUAUUUUUAAAACAUACUUGUCACCAGUUUCAGGCUUUCAAACUGCCUGAAAAUGACAUUGGGAUUGGAUUUUAUCUCUAGAUUUUUUUAUUAUUAUUAUUAUUAUUAUUAUUAUUAUUAGCAUAUAUAUAUAAAAGUGGUUUAAACCACAAAUUAUCAGGUCCUUAUUAAAGUAAAAAAAUACAGAUUUUAAGAUUUUCUCAAAUAAUACUGAAACCCUCUUUUAACUUAACACUGUGGAAAAGGUACUAAGCUACAGUUAAACUUGCCUUAAACAAUGUUCCCAUGUAAGGACUUUUGCACUACACGCGAAUGUUACAAUGAGACUUUAUGAAUGUUAAUGACAAUGUUGAUAAAACCAGAGAGCAAAAUCCUCGAUAUAACAAUGUUUGUGUGUGAACUGUAUGAUGUUUUUAUGUCUAACAUUCUCAUUUAAUUUCCCCAAUGCAUAUGCAUGACUCUUGGCCAUGGUAGAGACUGACUCUAUCUAUUUGUCCUCAUUCAACACCAAGUUUGCCUUUUCUGAAGGUUCAAGUUUUUUCCUCAGUACAAAAGCAGCAAUCUUGUGAAGUAAAGUAUGUGUACAUA